UUGCCAUUCUUUAUUUUAUUAUGAUUUAUUUGCAUGAUGUGUUGCGUAUUCGAGCAUAUACAGGUCAUAGUUAACUGAGAGAUUAGUGAGCACUUAAUAUUCACAGUUGAGUCGAGAAGGAGAUACAUUAUUAAUUAGUGUGUUUAUAUGUGUACUAUUUAGCAGUCGGGCUUUUUCUUUACAACUGGAUUUAAUUUUGAGAACUUGUGUAUGUUGCUUAAGUAUCAUAAGAGGGUAAAGGUCAAGGUCAAAGCACACUUGAUACUAGAAAUUGCAUUCAUGCAUAGGGGAUAGACCGGGUAAAGGCAUGGAUUUGGUGUGGCAGAUAAUUAUCUCUGUACUGACUGCUUUACUGGUCUCUGUGUUGAUAAUCUUGAAAUAUCUACAUGCUAGAUACGUUGAAACCACUUAUGCAAGAUGUACAAGCUCUACUGAUCUGUCUGGAAAGGUUGCUGUCGUAUCAGGUGCCAAUACAGGUAUUGGCUAUUUCACUGCUUUAGACUUUGCCAGAAGAAAGGCAAGAGUGAUUUUGGCAUGUCGUGACCUUAAGAAAGGUCAAGAAGCGGUAGACAAGAUUAAAUCGUCAACUGGAAACAAUGAUGUUGUUGUUAUGAAACUUGAUCUUAGUUCAUUUCAGUCUGUAAGAAAUUUUGCCACAAUGAUAAAUAAGCAGGAAAACAGACUGGAUAUUCUGGUGAACAAUGCAGGCGCAUUGAUUCUUGGUCAACUUGAUAUGAUGAUGAGAGUGAACUACUUUGGUCAUUUCUUGCUCACAAAUCUACUUCUUGGUUUAUUAAAGAAAUCUGCUCCAAGUAGAAUAGUGAAUGUCACCUCAGCAGCUCAUAGAGAAUCAAGGGGCAUUGAUUUCGAGAACUUGAAAGCGGAGAAAAGUUUUAUUAAAACUUUAACAGCAUUGAAAGCGUAUCAGAAUGCAAAACUGGGCAAUGUUCUGUUUACGAGAGAGCUUGCCAGAAGGCUGGAAGGAUCAGGAGUGACCAGCUAUAGUGUACACCCAGGCGCAGUGGAUACUAAAAUAUGGGGGGAAAUCUCGGGAUUAUUUUCCAUUGUGCGAUGGUUUUUCCAGACUCCUGAGGAGGGGGCUCAGACCACCAUAUAUUGUUCAGUGAGUGAGGACCUGGAAGGUGUUUCAGGAAAGUUCUAUUACGACUGCAAUGAAGCGGAGGAUAAGAGCUCCAGUGUAAGUAAAGAUAUGGACCUCGCUCAGAAACUUUGGGAAAUAAGUGAAACAUACACUGGACUAAAAGAGCAGUAAGAAACCGUUUGAAGUUUUAGGAUUAAGGACCGUUAACCAUUUAAAGAUGAGGGCCUUGAUUGCUCAAUAACUGCUAACCUUUACGUUUUUUUACAAGAUGACUAAUGGACUGACCUCAACAGUACUCAGCAUUUUUUCCAUCUAUUUAUAGUCCAACUUCAGCAAUACUCAACUAUUUUUGCAUGUAUCUAUAGUUGAACCUCAACAAUAUUAUUAAUAAUCUAUUUAUGGCCAGAUGUUAGCAAUACACUGCAGGUUUUUUGCGUCAAUUUAUAGGACUCUGCAUUGUAUUUUGUAAAGUACUAGUAUUACCAUACAUAAUGAACCUUUAUAUAAUCUAUGUCUCAACCUGCUGAACUAUUUUACCGGCACGUGUUUGGGCUUUGCAGAAUAAAUUGAAACUUUG